CGCCGCUUGCUAGUAGCCACUCUUUCUCCCUGCGCUUCUCACCAUUUUCCCAUCAUCCUCAUUCGACAACUCUUCUCACGCCGACAUGGCAGCGAAAGACGCCAAAGCACAGGAGGUAGCCCGCAAACUCGAGGAAUACAUCGAGAAGAUUCACUACUCAGAACGUUACUCGGACGAAGAGUAUGAGUAUCGGCAUGUCAUCCUGCCCAAGCCACUCUUCAAGAUGAUCCCGAAGCAGUUCUUCAAUCAAGAUAACACCGGGACGCUGAGACUACUCUCGGAGGAGGAGUGGCGGGGGAUUGGUAUCACACAAAGUCUUGGGUGGGAGCAUUAUGAAGUGCAUGCUCCCGAGCCUCACGUACUGCUGUUUCGCCGGCUGAAGAAUUACGACGCGAUGCAGGCAGCACGGGCAGCAGGGAAGCAGCCUGCGAAGAGGAAGUGACCCUUGCUCGCCUUGUUCGGAUCGUUUGGUCUCCUCAAUUCGGUCGGUGGAUUAUCGCGGGCUAGCACGUUUCUCCCUCUUUCAUGGAUACUCUCGCCUCUGUCACUCAUUUCCGUUAUGUACAUCGUCUCCAGCUCUGUUGUGCACUAUCGCGUCGCUUUCUUUUGUUAUACGCUGUGAAUCGAUAAGCCAAAGUCUCCAUCGC